AUGACGGACAAGCUCCCCCCUCCGCUGCUCGCCCUGUUCCAGCCGCGCCCGCCCCUGCGCUACGUGACGCCGCUGGAUCGGGCCCCCGAGGACGUGAAGAAGAGUCAGAUUGGUGGGAUCGCGCAGUUCCUGCCCGAGGUGAAGAAAUACGAGGAGGAGGUCCCCUACACGCCGACCGAGAGCUGGAUCCAACGCAAGUGGCGCCAGAAGCAGGAGCAGAAGGAAAACUUGCAAAACCAGUUGAACGAGAGUGUCCAGGCUUUUGACCCCAGCCAUGACCCGCAGGCCCGUGGUGACCCGUUCAAGACGCUCUUCGUCUCCCGUCUGAGCUACGAUGUCAAGGACGCCGAUCUGGAGCGCGAGUUUGGCCGCUUUGGUCCGAUUGAGCGGAUCCGCAUCGUCAAGGAUAAUGUCACCCCGAAAGGCGCCAAGAAAGCGCACCGUGGAUAUGCCUUCAUCGUCUACGAGCGGGAGAAGGAUAUGAAAGCCGCCUACAAAGAGACGGAUGGUAUUCGAAUCAAGGAUCGCCGCGUGGUGGUGGAUGUGGAGCGUGGUCGCACGGUUAAGGGCUGGAAGCCUCGUCGGUUUGGCGGCGGCCUCGGUGGUCGUGGAUAUACCAAGGCGAUGCCGUCCCGCCCCAUCGGACCCGGCGGCUUCAACGCCCCGUCCGGGCCCGGGGGCUUUGGCGGCGGGUUCCGCGGCUUCGGUGGCGGCGGCCGAGGAUUCAAGGGCGGCUUCCGUGGGGAUCGUGGAUUUGGCCCGCGUGGCGGGGUGGGAUAUCAAGGCGGCCGAAACGGCUUCGGCGGACAGGCGCCCCCCAACGCGCCGUCCGGUCCCGGGGGUGGGCGAGCCCGCUUCGAGCGCGACCGCGGCGCCACCGGCACCGGCAGCAACCGCGAGCCCGUCCGACCCCGGGACAGCUUCGCGGACCGCGACCGCCGCGACUACGACAGGGAGCGCGACCUGGACCGUCCCCGCGACCGCGACCGCGACCGUGACAGCUACCGGUACCGAGACCGGGAGCGCGAGCGUGAUCGUGACCGUGACCGCUACGGCGGGCGCGAGGACUACGGACGGAAGAGAUACCACGAGGACGACGCCUACGAUGAUCCCCGUGCCAAGAGAAGAUACUGA